UAUAGAUUAUUUCUAUAUUUUAGUAUGUCCUUGGUAGAAAUAGUACACCAUAACGAAGUUAUUUAUACAAUCCUCGAUAAGCCUCCGCCUGAGCCUCCAAAGACACCCAGGUACGAAUCAAAAUUAGAGAAAGAGUUAAAAGAGACAAAGAAACCGAAGCUCCGUCGUACGUUCGGCUAUGCUGAGACUCCGGUUAAGCCUCCAGAACAAUUCCUCAAAAAGGGAGAAGGCAUUGGGCAGCCUGUUAAAUGCACAGAUCACCAGUGCGUCGGUGGCAAUCUUCCUCCCGUGCCGAGAAGACCGCCACCCGGGAAAAAAGAGGAGAAACCACAGAAGAACUUCAAAAUUCUGAAUAUUAAGAAAGCUAUAAAAACUAAAGCCAAACCGGUGGAGCCACGGCUAGUUGACACGAGAGAUGGGCACAUCAAGAAAAUUAAGGGUUCAGGGGAAGUCCCCGAGUAUUGCCUCAGACCGGAUUUUGGUCGAGUUCCAGAAUAUUUAGUAAGGCGUAAUAGAAAAAUCCAGAAGGCUCUCGAAGAGAUCAGGCUCGCUGAUCAGAACAAGGAGAGCUUGUGCAAGCUUAUCAGCGAGGAGGAAAGGCAGAAGCUGUUGAAGGAUUUGAAGAACAACUGGGAGUUGAUGCAAAAAGCGUUUCUUCAGUUGCCGAUGCUGACCGAUACGAUACCGAAAAUUUUACGCAAAACAAAAAUGGAACAAGAACUCAAGCAGCUCGAGAAAGACAUCGCUUUGGUCGAGAGCAAUCCUUAUAUCUACAUUUACGAGUGAAU